CAUAACUAUAAUCUGCUGAACUAAAUCGCGCAACUCAACAUCAGACGUGGCACUGUGUGAUGUCAUCAGCGCGCGGCUGCGUCUCUAUGAUCUAGCGCUUGAUUCGGAUUUAAACGUUUAAAAUCGGUUUGAUCUCGAGACGAUCGCGUCAGGACAGAGUGAAGAUGAUGGAAGAGAGCGGAAUAGAAAGCACACCACCUUCCACCCCUCCACCACCUCCAACAUCCACCAUCAGUCCUCCAUCACUCCCUGCUGGGAUUACCAGCCCUCUGCCUCUACCAACUCCCGCUGGUGUCUCCAAUUUUUCUCCAGGAAGUUUUUCCAGCCCUCUUCCUCCAGUGGCUUUGACCUCCACUCUGCCGCCCAUGCUGUCAUCUGCUCCUCCUCCUAUUUUCGGCUCUGUAUCGUCUCCUCCGUACGGCAGCCCUAUGGCGCCGUUCGCCUCCCCAUCCGCUGUUCCUCCGCCCAUCUCAUCCACCAUGCCGGGCUCUGUCCUCUCUGCUCCGCCCAUAGGUCCACCCACCACCGGCUUCUCUGUGAACACAGGAUAUGACAUCACUCGUGGCCACGCUGGGCGCACUCCUCAGACGCCACUGAUGCCCAGUUUCUCCAGUGCCUCACCGAUGCCAGGCAUUAUUAGUAAUCCCAUGAUGCAGCAGCCCAUGUCUGGAGGCUUAGACGUCAGCUCUCCCAUCACAUUUCCUGAGGACACUGAAGACCCUCGAGUGAUUCCCGACAACGCUGCUGCUGGAGGAUUAUGGGGCUUCUUCAAGGGUGUAGCUGGUAAUCCCAUGGUAAAGACUGUUCUUGAUAAAACCAAACACUCGGUGGAGUCCAUGAUAACCACGCUGGAUCCAGGAAUGGCUCCUUACAUCAAGUCUGGUGGAGAUGUGGACAUUGUGGUAACAUCAGAUAAGGAGGUGAAGGUGGCAGCAGUGCGCGACGCCUUUCAGGAGGUGUUCGGUUUGGCCAUGGUGACCGGAGAGGCCGGUCAGUCUAACAUCGCCCCACAGCCUGUAGGAUACGCCGCAGGUGUUAAGGGAGCUCAGGAGAGGAUUGACAGUCUGCGGCGUAUGGCAGUCAUUCAUGAGAAGCAGCCUGUCGUCUCAGUGGAAAAUUUCAUCGCUGAACUUUUUCCAGACAAGUGGUUUGACAUCGGCUGUCUGAUCUUAGAUGACCCUGGAAAUGGAGUUCACAUUGAAACCUUCACUCAGGCAACACCUAUAGCUCUGGAUUAUGUUCAGCAGGCUCAAUCCCUCACUCCUCCAGACUAUAACCUGCGCUGGUCCGGUCUGAUGGUGACGGUCGGAGAGGUUCUGGAGAGAAACGUGCCCAACGUCACCCGCACAGAUUGGCAUCGUGCCUUCACCGGCAUGUCCCGCAGACAGAUGAUCUACUCUGCUGCUAAAGCUUUGGCUGGCAUGUACAAACAGCGCCUGCCCUCCAGGACGCUGUAACAAGAGUUUUCCUGGACUCUGAUUUCAUCCUAACACAUACAGAUACAGGCCUAAACUGACUCCACAUGACAAAAAUGAGGCUUUUAGAUGACAAACAGGAGACUUGGCUUUAUUUCUGCUCCUACUUUGAACUAAACUAGGUUACAGGGAUCAUUUAAUAUCUUUCAAUUUUUUAAGUUAUUGUUUGAAUCAGAAGAGUUUUAGCCUUCUAUUAAGAUUAUGAUGUUUAGUUGAUGUUAAAGGUGUGCAGUAAGUGGUUUAUGUGAAACAGCUUUUACAAUAUGCUUGAUUGCACACACACACACACACACCCUUCCAGUUAUAAUCUUCAAACUUUUUAAUUUGUGUUGUAAUAUAUCAGCCAUCUCUUAUUCUACAAAUUUCCCUUUUUCUCUCCAAUCAUAAGCAUAUAUGCACCCUAA